AUGAAGUUUUUCAAUUGGAUGCAAAGUAAAUUCAAUGGUGCACAAGGGCGGAAUGCAACGUCCACUGCUCAUUAUCAUGUGGCCAAGCAAGAACCCCGGAAAGAAGAGUUUAGUGAUUGGCCUCAGGGAUUACUCACAAUAGGAACCUUUGGGAACAACAACAACAACGAGCAUCUACCGAUUCAUGAAAAUGAAGAAGAAAUCAAUUACAAUCAAGAAACUGAUCAGGCCACAACAGAAACAUCAUCACCUGAUCUUUCUGACUUCACACCCGAAGAGGUUGGCAAACUUCAGAAAGAGUUGACGAAUCUAUUGUCCUGCAGGAAAAAGCAAGACAUGAUUCCUGGUGAUCUGCCAUUGGAUAGGUUCCUUAACUGUCCUUCAAGCUUGGAGGUUGACCGCAGGCUUUCGAUGAGACUCAAUGGCAGCGAAGGAGGAGGCAACGAUGAUAAAGAAGAGAUAGAUCGCACGAUUAGAGUUAUCCUUGGUAGGUGCAAAGACAUUUGUACCGAUAACACUAAGAAAGCAAUCAUUGGGAAAAAAUCAAUUUCAUUUCUUUUCAAGAAGAUCUUCGUCUGCAGCAGCGGGUUUCCAACAUCAUCGAUUCCUAGCACUUUACGUAGUGAUCAUCAUCAUCAUCAUCAUCCACUUCCAGAAUCAAGAAUGGAGAAGCUACUAAGGGCUAUGCUUAAGAACAAGAUCAAUAACCCUCAAAAUUCUCAAUCAUCGUCAGCAAGGAAGUUCAUAGAGUCCAGUAGACGAUCACCCUGCAGGAAAGGGGAAGCAGAGGAGGAUAUUAGCACCAAAUGGGUCAAAACCGAUUCUGAAUGUGAGUAG